AUGUGUCAACAGGCUCUAACAGAAGGAAGACUCGCCGACGUAAUUCCCAAGCUUCCCCGUUCAAAGAUUAUCCAUUUUGGUCAGAUAUUUGGCUCAGAAAUCGGCUGGAGCAAUGUGUCAGCUGGGUAUAACAGAAGGAAGACUCGCCAACAUAGUUUUGGAACUUGCACGUUCCAAUAUUUGCCAUUUUGGUCAGAAAUUGGCUCAGAAAUCGGCUGGAACAAUGUGUCAACAGGCUCUAACAGAAGGAAGACUCGCCGACGUAAUUCUCAAGCUUCCCCGUUCAAAGAUUAUCCAUUUUGGUCAGAAAUUGGCUCAGAAAUCGGCUGGAGCAAUGUGUCAACUGGGUAUAACAGAAGGAAGACUCGCCAACAUAGUUUUGGAACUUGCACGUUCCAAUAUUUGCCAUUUUGGUCAGAAAUUGGCUCAGAAAUCGGCUGGAACAAUGUUUCAACAGGCUCUAACAGAAGGAAGACUCGCCGACGUAAUUCUGGAACUUGCACGUUCCAAUAUUAUCCAUUUUGGUCAGAAAUUGGCUCAGAAAUCGGCUGGAACAAUGUGUCAACAGGCUCUAACAGAAGGAAGACUCGCCGACGUAAUUCUGGAACUUGCACGUUCCAAUAUUAUCCAUUUUGGUCAGAAAUUGGCUCAGAAAUCGGCUGGAACAAUGUGUCAACAGGCUCUAACAGAAGGAAGACUCGCCGACGUAAUUCCCAAGCUUCCCCGUUCAAAGAUUAUCCAUUUUGGUCAGAAAUUGGCUCAGAAAUCGGCUGGAGCAAUGUGUCAACUGGGUAUAACAGAAGGAAGACUCGCCAACAUAGUUUUGGAACUUGCACGUUCCAAUAUUUGCCAUUUUGGUCAGAAAUUGGCUCAGAAAUCGGCUGGAACAAUGUGUCAACAGGCUCUAACAGAAGGAAGACUCGCCGACGUAAUUCUGGAACUUGCACGUUCCAAUAUUAUCCAUUUUGGUCAGAAAUUGGCUCAGAAAUCGGCUGGAACAAUGUGUCAACAGGCUCUAACAGAAGGAAGACUCGCCGACGUAAUUCCCAAGCUUCCCCGUUCAAAGAUUAUCCAUUUGGCUCUAACAGAAGGAAGACUCGCCGACGUAAUUCCCAAGCUUCCCCGUUCAAAGAUUAUCCAUUUUGGUCAGAAAUUGGCUCAGAAAUCGGCUGGAGCGAUGUUUCAACGAGCCUAACAGAAGGAAGACUCGCCGACGUAAUUCCCAAGCUUCCCCGUUCAAAGAUUAUCCAUUUUGGUCAGAAAUUGGCUCAGAAAUCGGCUGGAACAAUGUGUCAACAGGCUCUAACAGAAGGAAGACUCGCCGACGUAAUUCCCAAGCUUCCCCGUUCAAAGAUUAUCCAUUUUGAAGGAAGACUCGCCGACGUAAUUCCCAAGCUUCCCCGUUCAAAGAUUAUCCAUUUUGGUCAGAAAUUGGCUCAGAAAUCGGCUGGAACAAUGUGUCAACAGGCUCUAACAGAAGGAAGACUCGCCGACGUAAUUCCCAAGCUUCCCCGUUCAAAGAUUAUCCAUUUUGGUCAGAAAUUGGCUCAGAAAUCGGCUGGAACAAUGUGUCAACAGGCUCUAACAGAAGGAAGACUCGCCGACGUAAUUCCCAAGCUUCCCCGUUCAAAGAUUAUCCAUUUUGGUCAGAAAUUGGCUCAGAAAUCGGCUGGAACAAUGUGUCAACAGGCUCUAACAGAAGGAAGACUCGCCGACGUAAUUCCCAAGCUUCCCCGUUCAAAGAUUAUCCAUUUUGGUCAGAAAUUGGCUCAGAAAUCGGCUGGAACAAUGUGUCAACAGGCUCUAACAGAAGGAAGACUCGCCGACGUAAUUCCCAAGCUUCCCUGUUCAAAGAUUAUCCAUUUUGGUCAGAAAUUAGCUCAGAAAUCGGCUGGAACAAUGUGUCAACAGGCUCUAACAGAAGGAAGACUCGCCGACGUAAUUCCCAAGCUUCCCCGUUCAAAGAUUAUCCAUUUUGGUCAGAAAUUGGCUCAGAAAUCGGCUGGAGCGAUGUUUCAACGAGCCUAA